AGGCAGUUUACGGCAUCAAACAGAUACGAAAUAAAAGGAAAAAAAUAAGGGAAAAGAUAUGGGUGGACCCCGGCUCUUGGAGGUUCCGCUUAAGACGUGCAAGAGUUAACCAGAGCUUCAUGACAGGCUGCCGCGCAAGCAGCCUCUCGCAAUAACGAGACCUGCGCGGUGUUGAAAGAUCAUGUCAACGCGCGUGGAUGAAACUCAUACCAAACGAUGCCCUACACCCAGAAAUGCAGACCAACGCCAGUUUGGUGGGGACAGCUACAUGGCUCUCGGAGGCCCAGCUACGGGCGUGCAAGAGUCUCCAGGCUCCAUGGGCAGCCUGCUGUGCCAACAGUCUCUUGCGAUAACAAGACCUGCACAGUGCUAUAAUGCUAAGCAUUACAACAUGCUGGAUAGAACCUAUAACCGAUAUCGCCCAGCAGAUGAUGCGAUACCAGUAUGGAGAGGGCGUCAACCCCAUGCACCCUGACAAGUGAAAGAGAUGGAGUGAUAGAACUAAGAUCACG